AUGCCUCAAGUGCAUAAGUAUCCAUGUAAUGAGUUGAAUGAAAAUCAGACCAGACUUGACUGGAUUAGAGAAUUACAUGAAAAGUAUGCACCAGUGUUUGAUGGCCAAUUGGGGAAUGUAAAGGGACAACAAGUUUCCUUAGAAUUAAAGGAAGGAGCAACACCAAAAUGUUUUAAAGCAAGAAGUGUGCCUUUUGCUCUAAGGGCUGGAGUGGAGGCAGAAUUGAGGAGAUUAGAGGAGCUGAAUAUCAUCUCCCAGGUUCACAAUAGUGAGUGGGCUUCGCCCAUUGUUCCUGUGAGAAAACGAAAUGGGGAGAUACGGAUUUGUGGGGAUUUCCGCAUGGCUCUUAACACACAGCUUAAAAUAAAUAAGUAUCCCCUUCCUAGGGUAGAUUAUCUUUUUGCAUCAUUGGCAGGUGGCCAGAAAUUCGCUAAAAUUGACAUGAAAAAUGCAUACCUACAGUUAUCUGUACAUCCAGAUUCUCGACAACUACUUAUGAUUAAUACCCAUUGGGGGCUAUUCAGGUAUAACCAUAUGGUUUUUGGCAUUUCACCUGCACCAGCAGUCUGGCAGCGAACAAUGGACAAGCUGUUAGCUGGAAUUCCUGGGACACAGUGCCUGUUAGAUGACAUGCUGGUGACGGGUAAAUCAGAGGAGGAACAUAAACAGAAUGUAGAGGCAGUUUUGCAAAGACUUAUGGAAUAUGGAUUGAAGGUAAAUUUGGAUAAAUGCCAAUUCAUGCAGGAUCGUCUUGAAUUUUGUGCUCAUGUAAUUGACAAACAUGGGCUGCAUACAACAGAUGAGAAGGUCAAGGCAUUACAGGAUGCUCCAACUCCACAAAAUGUGACACGACUAAGGCCCUAUCUUGGUCUGUAA